AUGGAUUCGUUUCCGUUCGCCUUAUCACUUCCAAGCUGGCUUCCGGUACGGUCACUCUUGACGCUGUCCACGAUUCUCGUGUCCGCGUUGCUCGUCGUCUUCUGCCGUGGCAAAAAGCUCAAAGAAAAGCCGAAAGAGGCGAAAGAGGCGAAAGAGGAAAGCGCCACAAAAGGAUCUACACCAAAAGCCGGCGAGAUGGCACACAACGAUCCGAACUAUGAGACGAUGAACAUCAUCCAAGCAGAUCCAUUCGCCAAAAAGGAG